CGAUCAAUCCCCUUGUCCAUGUACAAAUUUAUUUGAACAAAAUCCCUUCGAUCUCUACUUUUGCCCAUCGACGAAGCCAAGCGAUUAUCCAAGUAGCGUGCAUCGUCAGUUCAUGACUAUUUUUUGAUACAUAUUUUUUCCGUUUUCCAUCUACAAAUCUCUUUGAACAAUCCCUUCGAUCUCUACUUUUGCUCAUCGACCAAGCCAAGCGAUUAUCCAGGUUGUGUGCAUCAUCAGUUCAUCGCUACUGCGACAGCUACAAAUUCACAUGGUCAACACAUCCUGGCUUUGACCCGCCACUUCCAAUUCCAAGCCCGCCCUCCAACCAAAAGCAAACACCAAGGGUGGCGGCGAUGCGAGGCGCGCUCGGCGGCGGCGGGAGCCGGGCGCGGCAGAACGCGGUGCGGUCGGGCCUGGUGGUGCUCGGCGCCGUGGCCUUCGGCUACCUCUCCUUCCGCGUCGGCUUCAAGCCCUACCUCGACCGCGCCCAGGAGGCCAUGGACGCCCGCGCCUCCCCUGCCUCCGACGCCAGGCCGCCUGACCACGCCGGGGGCGAAGGCGACGAAGACGACGUCGCGGCGUCCAAGGACCCGGCCGUCGUGCUCCGCGACUGAGGGCGCUCCGCGGCGGCUGCCCUGGGCUUUUGGUUGGUUCUGCCAUUCCGUCGAACACCUUGCGUGCGGACCUGCGAUCUUUGCAUGCGUGUUGUUUCUUUUCAUAGAGUAAUGUUACUGAUGAAUAAACAGUGCAAAUUUGCAACUUAGGCACUCUGAUUUGAUGCCUUGAACUCUUCUUUCUAUUAUCAAAUUUGCAACUUAGCAUCAUGUUUAUGGCACUCAGGUUU